AAAUGUCAGUUUCAUAUCUAUACAAUGUGUCUGUGAUUUUGCAACGUUAUUUUACAGUUAUAUGGUCAACAAAUGUGGUUGAACAAUUUGUGUUGUAUUAUUAUUCAACUCAAACACAACCCGCUUGUAUAUAUGAAUGACGACCAACUAUUUGACAAGUUUUUUUGUGUUUUUUUUCAAACAAUCUAAACAAAAAAAUUACACGACUGGGGCCAUUUUGUUUCUUAUCACAGGAUACCAAACGCUAUCAAGGUUAUUGGGAAAUUAGAUCCAUUAUGAAGUAUUAUGUACACGCAGUUUCCUGACCUGUUUCAUUUUGUAAAGCUUGGGCCCCCAACAGGCAAAACCAUUUGGAUACUUCCACUUCACAUACGGGACGCGAGCGCGACCACCGUAUAUUGAAGAAAAAUAAAGUGGCUGUGUGGCAGGCGUGAGGAGGAAUUAUAUAUAACGUGCAUUGACGAGACAAGUUUGCACUCUUUGAAGUUAACUCGCUAAAUUUUGUUCAUUAGGUCGGGCACUGCCAGGCAACUCCCCUCCUCUGUUUUUGGUAUGAGCCUCACUCCAGCUGAUCGGCCUUGGCUACUGUGCGGACUAUCGGACUAACCGCGGCCGUGUUCACUCAGAAUUUGUUCUGUAUAAGCUUUACCGAUUCAAGCGGCCGCUCGUGUCGGCACGGACCCCGUUCUAUUAGUACAUUUGGACCACAGGUCAUCCAUUGAAGCGGAUUUUUGGAAAUACAGCUGGUCGAGAAACCUCCCACGACGAAUAGGCCUCUUUCUCAUCCCCGCUCUCGCCUGGCUUGAUCUUCCGAUUGGAGCCAUGGGUGACACAGGCAGUGAACGCAGCAAGCCACCCAGUUUACCUCCCCGCUGUCCCUGUGGAUUCUGGGGGUCCAGCAAAACCAUGAACCUCUGCUCCAAGUGUUUUGCUGACAUCCAGAAGAAGCAGCCUGAUGAGGACUGUACCCCAGACACCGCCCCCAGCACCAGCAGUAGCCAAUCAGCAGUCUUCUGUAGCGAGAGCAGCAGCAGCAGCAGCAGCAGUAGCCAAUCCCUGUCAUUGGUGCCUGUCAGCUGUGAUCAGCCAUCAGUUGAAGAGACAGGACCCACACUUCCCAGCACACAGGAGGGGGUCUCCUGUACAGACACAGCCCACGGUACACUCUCCACACCCACAAAACGGCCCUGCGACCCAGCCUCCGAGUCGGAGAGCGAGGCGUCGCCGCAGAAACGGGCGCGGCCGGACGGCGAGGGGACGGGCGGGGGGCCAAAGCAGAGGAGCCGCCGGCGUUGCCAUCGCUGCCAAACCAAGCUGGAGCUGGUCCAGCAGGAGCUGGGGUCCUGCCGUUGCGGUUACGUGUUCUGCAUGCUGCACCGCCUCCCCGAGCAGCACGAUUGCCUGUUUGACCACCUGGGGCGUGGCCGCGAGGAGGCCGUCCUCAAGAUGGUCAAGCUGGACCGCAAGGUGGGCAGGUCGUGCCAGCGCAUCGGAGAGGAGUGCUCCUGAACGUCCGCCCAGUACUCAGAGAGAAAGAGAGAGAGAGGACAGGAGGUGUUUGGAAUUCAUACCCCCGCCCCCAGUUAUCCUAAGCCACACCCACCUCCGUACAGUUCUCCAGUGCAGCCCUGUCCCCUCCUGCAAGCGAAGCCCAGAUCCUGCCCAGGAUACAGCCACUUGGAACCCAGAACCCCAGACUCCCUGGUCCCACCUCUAGUCCGAGUCUAGUCCCGAGAUUUUCAGGGCCACCCCAUCCCCUCCCAGUCCCCCUCACUACCCCACAGCCUUAGCCCUCCCAAGUGUUUAGCAUGGAUCCAGAAACCAGAAUGCGUUUGUCUUGUGACCCAGCUUUGGAGCCCAAGCCAGGUGGAAGUGUCGGUGCUAGUGACAUCACCCUGCCUGGCAGACUUUCAGACACACAUGACCGCUCGCGUCCAGGGAAUCGUGGUUUGGCCUUUAAACUUUGGUCACAUGGCACCCCAGUCUCUCCCUCGUUGGGUCCUCGAUCUUCAGCUGGUCCUUCGGGAAUAGCACACACACCCCGGUCCUUGUAAUCUCUCCCUAGUUAGCGUGAGUAGGGUAGAGACUUGAGGCUCGUUCCACCCCCCCGGUCUCAUUCUACCCCCUCAUCUGUGGCACUCCCCUAGCAUGUCAGCAGGUGUUUCCGAGUGGGCCUAAUGGAGUCCACUGCAGUCCUGUCCUCUCCCUGUUUGCCGUUUGGUGACAGUCUCAGACCACAACUGACAGCUGACAGAGAACUGCCUGUCUCAGACAGGCACAGAAGGGCCCUGCUCUCUGUGUCGCUCUGGGACUCCAAACCUUGAAAGUCUCUAUCCACCUGCUGGCUGUCUCGGAGCGCGGCUGCUCAGCUGCAGAUGGCUUAGCGCUUGGAUAAAGACAGUUGAAUACACAGAAAAUUAGACAGGACUUUUUUUUUUUUUUUUUUAGUGUGAGAGUGCAUGUUUUGGAAUCACAUUGCUGACCUCAUUCUGUUAGAGACGGUGCCCCCCCCCCCCCCCCCCCCCCCCCCUCCCCCCCCCGUCCCCCGUCCCCCGUCCUGGCAGCACUGGACUGGAUGUGCAUGCAUGCUGCAACCACCAGAGGGAGCUAGUCGGCCAGCACUGUGCUGCAGCCAGGCGAGGAGCUAGCCGGACCAGAAGUCUCUGCGCCACGCAACAGCCAGGCCAGAACUGCCGACGCGUCCCCACCGCAUGCGAGGCGGGGCAGAGGCUGAGCGGAUGGGUUGCUGUCGCCCUGGCGAUUUUGCUUUUUAAAAAAAAAAACAGCCAUUCUUUAAUCUGAGCGGUGUUUCCUCCACUCAAGCUCGGCUCUCCGCGAGGGUAACGCAGCCCCGUUUGAAAUGUGUGGGAGAGCAGGAGACCGAAACGAGAAGCGACGCGAGAUUAUUCGCCAACCUCCGUGGAGAGGAAGAACACAUCUGUGAGACUGCGAUAGGAAAGAGGAAAGACCAGGCAGCCGGAGACUGUCGUCACGCAUCCAUCAGGACUGCCUCUCUCUUUCUUUUUGUCUGUCUCUCACGCCCUCCGCUUUCUUUCUCUCUCCUGCCCGCUGUCACACACUCGUCCUCUCACCCCAGACGCUGAACGCUGUCUCUCCCUCCGCUUUGCCACCCAUUCUCCUUCCGUCUCAUUCUGAUUCCUCCACUGUAAACACUUCAGUGCUCCCACUCCUCCACUCUUCUCCUCCUCCUUCCAUCCAGUCCUGACUCCUCCCCCCCCGCCCCACCUCCAAUUGAACAUGAGGGAUGAGGAAAGGAUGGAGGGAGGGUGGGGGGCUGAAGAUGUGGGUGCUCUUAUUUUGAUAUUUUGAGAGCUCUUUGAGUUGUGAUUAAAAAAAUGGAAGCAAAAUGAAUAUCCUGUAUCUUAAAGAAACUCUUAUUUAACCCAAUUGUGUUUCAGAUUUACUUACACAUUAGAAUAGAGCUGCAUUUUUAGUUUAACAUUGUUAAAAUGAAAUAAUUCUGUAAUUAUUCCUUUUUUUCCUUUUUCUUUUUAUUAUUUUUCCCUUUUCGCUGAAGAAUAAACUGGAUUAGAGGAU